GCCCCGUACCUGAUAGGCGGGUCUCGACCUCGCAAAGAGUUGCGCCGAAGGGUUAUCCGUGUCAAGAUGGCAUCCUGAAUCCCAAAUGCCGGUUGAAGACCACGGGACUUCGUUGAUUGACUAUUUCCAAUCAUAGUUUCAGCACCAAAGACUGGGCAUCUCGGCUUCUGGCGGGCAAGCGCCUCUCCACGCUCACCAACUUUCUCGGAGCGAACCCCGGUGGACGAACAUCGAGUCGACAGUUCGGACAGUCGCACUCCGCUUGCCCAACAUUCCCGCACUUUCGACUCGCCUCAAAAAUGCCAUCUUACGAUGCGGGCGCCGGCGUUCGCCAGAGACGGCCACGGAGGCGCCGGCAAGACAAGGCGCCCCUCUCGGCGCGUCUGGUGCUUGACGACCAUGUCAAAACCGACGUCGGCAUCGUGUCCGAGGAUCUGUUCGCUGAACUCUUUUCCCAUCUGCAGGACGGUGUGUUUCUCCGCACCCUGCCCUCUAUUCUAAACCCCCAUGCUGAGUCCGUUUCGCACAUUGCAGCCCACGAUCAAGGGAACCAAGCCCCGAAUCCACCAAGCCACCUACACAUUGCCAUCGCCCCAUGGACACCGUCUCAUUCUCCCGAAUCUACAAAUUGGGCAAUAGUGCCCGUCACGCCGUCGUCUGCCCUCGCUCCUUCGACCAUACAGUUCUCGCCCUCCUCCCUCGCUCUACAGUCGUUUGCCGUGAACCUGAAACAGGUAGCGCCCUCACAGUUGACUGCCCGGAGUAGGAGCGGAAUUGAGGUUUUAGUUCUGGAUGUUGCUGCCAUUGAGUUGGACACUGUCUUUGUGAAUCUCGAAGGAGAGUUGGCCAAGAGACUUGAGAAUGGAGAAGGUAACUUCUUCCGGGAACAUCCCACUGGAGGCAAGGUCAAGGCCCUGGCUGCCUCAAACCCUGAAGGGCGCUUGACGGCUGCGUUGCGGACUGCCCUCGGUACAUUGAAGGUCGUCCACACCGGCGACCUCUUCCCGCUCCCUCUGGCGCCGCACCCCGUCACUCACGUGCCCCCAAACCCCGGCAAGAUCACGCUUUGCGAGCCUGUCGCCCAGGGCAUACUGGGCCCGAACACCAAGAUCAUCGUUUCCCGCGGCCGCGUCCACUCCAAGCACAGCCAUUCCCAGGCCCCAAUCCCCCAAGCCCGGGGCCUAAAUGGUACCGCCGAGGACGACGAAGACACGUCGAAUGACCAAUUCUUCUCUGCCACCGAGGAAGGCGUCCGGACAGACGCUACUGCCGAGACGGAUGCCACCGCGACUGAGACGGAAUUCGAGGAACCAGAGAUGGAAGAAGACGUGCUGUCAGACGACUCAAUGGAUGAUAUGAUAUCCCUUCAGGCCCCCACCUUGUCGUCCGCCAUUACGAGUGGAAUAGGCACGCCCACUACCAUGGGACGUGGGCGGCGGACCAAUGGCGUUAGUGGCGCGGCAUCUGUGUUUUCGAGCUUCACUGCGACAACCGUUAAGCCAGACCGGCCCCGCGGCCGCUUGUUUAAGGCCCAUGGACUCCUUCAGCCGAUUCCGCCGGACGUCCUACAUCCGAAGCCCGCUUGCGUCGACGAUGAAGAGGCGCGCAUCUACGUUGAUACAAAAGAGCUGACGAGGAUUGGCUGUUUCUCUGGCGACUGGGUACGAAUCGAGGCGUCCAAGCCGCCACCUGUGAAUGGUUUUGGCGCAUUCGGCCUGGGAAGCUUCGUGGAAGAGGAUUCGGAUGAGUUGGAUUGGAGGCCUGCAAGGGUCUAUGGCCUGCCAGAGGGCUACUCCAACCGUCCCGUCGCCCGCGUAGCAAGCUCCAAGUACGAUGGCCGGAGGAUGUCCUUCUUUGACUCCCAGGUCCAGCGGUCCUCGAGUCCCACCGUGUACCUUUCUCCAAUUAUGCUGUCGAACCUGGAGAAUCCCCCCUACCUCCGCCUCUCCCCUAUCAGGCGUGGUACGCAGGCAAAGGGGCCACAAUCAAGGUCGUCGGUCUCCAUUCAGCCGCCCUUCGCUCGCGAGGUGAUAUUGCAGCAUGUCAGGACUCCGGUUGCGGUUGAGAGGGAUGUACAGACUGCAGUCAUGGCUGGGCUAAAACUCUAUUUUGAGAGAAGGUUACGAGUGAUCAAGACAGGCGACUUGAUCGCGGUUCCCAUCGAUACCCAGCUUGGUCGCGCGCUUCAGGAGUCAACUGCAGCUAGCGAUGAAUCAGCUGUCGACGAUGUGUUGGGCAUGAUUGCCAGUGGACGGCCAGAUCGCAACCUAAAGUACGACGAAGUCGCAUGGUUCAAGGUUGGCCACGUCCAACCGAUGAAGCAGGAUUCGGCCGAAGAGAUCGAGGAAGAAGAUGACCCCUGGGGCACGGUUGCUUGUGUGGACAUCUCCAUGGCGCACUUGGAGCAGACCGGCUCCGUCACGAGCCGCGUCCCUGGCACGACAUCAAAUACUUGGCCAUACUAUUUGGGGAUCAAGAAACUCCCCAAGCAGCAUAGAGGUCCUUCGAACCCGCUCCUGGCUGAACUAGAUCGGCAACACGUCUCGCCACUGAGGAGGAGACUCCGGGAGCUCAUGGCCGCUGCCACCAGCAAACCAGCCCUCCACCUCAAGAUGCCCCCUGUGGCGAUCCUGCUUGUCUCAGCGCAGCGGAGUAUUGGUAAGGCCGCAACGGCGAUGCAGGCCUGCGCAGACAUUGGCUUGCACACAUUCACCAUUGACGCCUACGAUAUCGUAAACGACUCUGGCGCGGGCGGGAGCGACGUGAAGACGGCUGGCUUCCUGGCCUCCCGGGCGGAGCGUGCCAUGAGCUGCGGGCCAGACUGCUGCGCUCUCCUCAUCCGCCAUAUCGAGGCCCUGACGGCCGAUCGCAUGGUUUCUUCUAUCAAGGAGAUCCUGGCGGAUACCAGAGUUUUGAUUGCUACCACGACGGAGGUGGAAAAGGUGCCCGACGGCAUCAGGGCCGUGUUCACUCAUGAACUGGAGAUGAGCGCGCCGGAUGAGGCGGAGCGCGAGGGCAUUCUUCGAUCCAUCGUCGAUGACCGCGGGGUACUCCUUGAUCCGGAAGUCGAUCUUGGCGGUAUCGCCCUCAAGACAGCCGCGCUCGUGGCAGGAGACUUGGUCGAUGUCGUCGACAGGGCUCUCGUUGCUCAGCGGUCUCGCCUGGAGCAGCUCUCAGCGAAGGCCACGAGCAAGGACCAAGCCGUGACAGUCCGUGACGUACAACUCGCCGGCGGCCCGGCAGCGUCUGGCCUUACAAAACAGGACUUCGAGGUUGCUGUCGAGGCCGCGCGCAAGAACUUUGCUGACGCUAUUGGCGCGCCAAAGAUUCCCAAUGUCACCUGGGAUGACGUGGGAGGGUUAAACAACGUCAAGGAAGCCGUGACCGAGACCAUCCAGUUGCCACUGGAGAGGCCAGAGCUCUUCGCCAAGGGCAUGAAGAAGCGGUCGGGCAUCUUGUUCUACGGGCCGCCUGGUACAGGCAAGACGCUUCUAGCCAAGGCUAUCGCCACCGAGUACAGCCUCAACUUCUUCAGUGUCAAGGGGCCAGAGCUACUUAACAUGUACAUUGGUGAAUCCGAGGCCAACGUGCGGCGCGUGUUCCAACGGGCUCGUGACGCGAGGCCAUGUGUGGUGUUCUUCGACGAGCUGGAUUCCGUCGCACCAAAACGCGGGAACCAGGGCGAUAGCGGCGGCGUCAUGGACCGCAUUGUCUCGCAGCUGCUCGCGGAGCUCGACGGCAUGUCUGGCGGCGAGGACACUGGAGGCGGCGUGUUCGUCAUUGGCGCGACCAACCGACCGGAUCUUCUCGACCCGGCUCUGCUACGCCCAGGGCGCUUCGACAAGAUGCUGUACCUGGGUGUAUCAGACACGCACGAGAAGCAGCUCACCAUAAUGGAGGCGUUGACAAGGAAGUUCACCCUCCAUCCCUCGGUCUCCCUCCGCGCCGUAGCCGAGCGCCUCCCGUUCACCUACACGGGCGCCGAUUUCUACGCCCUUUGCUCCGACGCCAUGCUCAAGGCCGUCACCCGGCAAGCCAGCCUGGUUGACGCCAAGAUCAAGGCCAUCAACGCCGACCUCGCGGCGCACAACCUCCGCGCGCCCAUCUCGACCGCCUACUUCUUCGACCACUUUGCCACGCGCGAGGACAUAGCCGUCAUGGUUACCGAGCAGGACUUCCUCGACGCCCACCGCGAGCUGAUUCCCAGCGUGAGCGCCGGCGAGCUGGCGCACUACGAGCAUGUCAGGGCCACGUUUGAAGGGAACAAGAAUAGUAAAGAUAAGGAGGGCAGGGAGUGGAUUAAUGGGACUGCUGCUGCGCCGGCUGCGGCGAGGUUGGGGCUGGCGGGGCGGAGGACCGCCUCGGGCGCGUCGGCGAGGAGCGUCGGUGGGAAGGGGAAGGGUAAAGCCCCUGUGGGAAAGGGUAAAGGGAAGGCAAUCGCUCUGGGGAGCGAGGAUGAGUAUGACGAAGGGGGCGAUGAUCGUUGCGAUCACGAGUCGGUCGUGGAGGGGUGUAGCCCCAGGGACAAAGGGAAGGGGAAGGAGAUUGCGCCGCCAAUCACGGCAGCUCCGUUUGGGGAUGGGGCGGGGAGUGGUGACGAUGGGUUAUAUGACUAG